AUGCGUUUUGAAAACAUUGAUGGAUGGCGGGUUAUUCAAGAAAGUACCAUAUGGGAUUUAUCAGAUGGAGAUGAAAGAAUCAUGUCGAUUUUGAAGUUGAGUUUUGAUGAAUUAAAACCAACUUUGAAACAAUGCUUUGCAUAUUGCUCAAUGUUUGUCAAAGAUUUCAAUAUUCAAAAGGAUGACCUGGUACAACUUUGGAUGGCUCAGGGAUUGCUUCACCGUUCUUCUAGCCAAAGUAAUCUAGAGAUGGAGGACGUAGGAAAUCAAUAUUUUAAUAUUCUAUUGGAGAAGUCCUUUUUUCAAGAUAUUUCAAUGGAUAACUAUAAUGUGAUUACCCAUUGCAAAAUGCACGAUCUUGUGCAUGAUCUUGCAGAACGUGUUUCAAAAUCAAAGAGCAAGGACUCCAAUGAUGUUCGACAUAUGGCCCAACCUUCAACCUCAGAACUACAGGGAAUUCCAAAAGGAAUUGUACUGCGCUCAAUGUUUUUCGAAGGUGAAGUUCUUGGUAACAUCUUAUCGAGAUUUAAAGGUUUGCGUGUCUUAAAAUUACAGGAGGCUGAUAUUGAUGAGUUGCCAAAUUCAAUUGGAAAGUUGAAACACUUGAGGUAUUUAGAUAUUUCAGAAACAAUGAUCAAAAGGCUCCCCCAAUCUGUUGGCAAGCUUUAUAACCUACAGACAUUAAGAAUGCGCAAUCUCGAUCUUGAAGAGUUUCCAAAGAAACUGCAAAGUUUAAUCAACUUGAGACAUAUUUAUUUUGAUAGGUAUUAUGGUAUGAGAUAUCCUGUUGGCAUGGGGCGGUUGAGUAAUCUCCGAUCAUUAUCUUAUUUUAUUGUGGGUAAGGAGAAAGGCCGUGGAAUAGAGGAGUUAGGUGGCUUAAAGCAUUUGAAAGGCAAAAUAUCUAUUUGUGAUCUGGAGCAUGUGAGAGAUAAAGAAGAAGCAAAGAAAGCAAAGUUAGCGGAGAAGACAAACAUACGCGAACUAGAGUUUGAAUGGGGGAAAUACAGGUCAAGCGCCAUAAACAACGACAGGGAUGUCCUAGAAGGCCUUAAACCGCACUCUGAAUUGAGAAUUUUGAAGAUUUGCAACUUUAGCAGUGAUCAAUUUCCAUCGUGGAUGAUGAGUGGAAAUUUGUUUUCUUCCUUGAAAAAAUUAAGUAUUGAUAAUGCAGAGAACCUAAUUGAAUGGACGGAAGCUGCAAUAUUUCCUCGCCUUGAGGAGCUGUUCCUGAGGAAUUGUAUUCAAUUGAAAAGUGCUCCUACUCAUUUUCCAUGUCUCCAAAAGUUAACAAUACAUUCCAUGGGUAGCGGCAUGCCGAUAGCUAAUAUAAGCACUCAGCUCACCACUCUUACUCAUCUCACAAUAACGACGACGAAGGAACUUGCUUCUCUGCCGGAAGGCAUGUUAAAGAACAACAAAAAUCUUUCAUAUUUGGAGAUACAGAGGUGCCCAGAUUUAACUUGUAUUGCUGCGGAUGUAUUUGGUUGUUGUGCAUCUCUCGAGUCAUUGAGUAUUUUAUGGUGUCCUAAUCUUAGGACUUUGCCUGAUGGGCUACACACUCUGCUCUCCCUUAAGAAGUUGAUUAUAAUGGAUUGUCAAAGUCUGGAGUGCAUCCCAGUUACACAGGGUGUCGCAUCUCUCUGCAAAUUUCCUAUUCUCAAGUGUCUUGAGUUAUGUAUUCUACCUGAGGGGCUAGAAUGCUACACCUCUCUUCAAAUGUUGAAAAUAGAGAAAUGCUCCAAAAUAACAUCCAUUCCAAUCACACAUGGGCUUCCAUCUCUCCGCAAAUUACAGAUUUGGAAUUGUGAUGAAUUAUCAAGCCUACCGAGUGGGUUACAACAUUGUACCUCUCUUGAGCACUUGUCUAUUAUCUAUUGCCCAAAUCUUGAAGCUAUUCCAAGUUUAGACAGCCUCACACAACUCCGUCAGUUGCAGAUCUAUAACUGUGAUGGAUUAAAAGAUGUACCCCCAAGUGCGUUUGCAGCAUCCCUCACCCGCUUAAAGGAAUUGUCAAUUGGUGGGUUUUGGAAAGAGCUCGAUUCAUUUCCUGCUUUUCAGGUUAUUCCACAACUUGAAAUAUUAAACUUGUACGGAUGGCCGAAGCUCAAGUCUCUGCCUGAACAAGUUCAACACUUCACUUCUCUAACUUAUUUGUCAAUACAAUCCUUCGACGGCAUGGAGGCUCUUCCAGAGUGGUUGAGAAAUCUUGCAUCUCUUGAGUACCUAUAUAUAUUGCGGUGCAAGAAUCUGAUGUAUCUACCUACACUUGAAGCUAUGAAAUGUCUCGCGAAAUUACAGUACAUAUGGAUUAAUAAUUGUCCUCUUCUGGAAAAGAGAUGCAAUAAAGACAGGGGCCCAGAAUGGCCAAAGAUUUCACAUAUUCCAAUUGUCGACUUUUAA